AUGGCUGAAACUGGGAGAAAGAAACGUCUCCCUGAAUUAGGACGUCGUGGGUUUUUAUCUAAAGCCCGAGAAGCCAAGGAAGGGUCACCCUUAAAACAAAGCCCAGGAGGCUCUCCUAAACGACCAAACUCCCCUGAACCAAAUUGCUCAAUUUGUUUAGGAGGUAUUGAGGAUCAGUCUUUUGCUAACAAAUGUUUCCACAGUUUUUGUAAAACUUGUCUCUUUGAAUGGUCUAAGGUCAAACCAGAAUGUCCAGUUUGUCGGCAAGGUUUCGACUCAAUUAUCUUCAAUGUAAAAGCCAUGGAUGAUUAUGAAGAGUAUAACAUACCUAGACCCAUUUCUCCAAGAUCAUUGUGGUCAGUUGAUGCAUUUAUUACAGAUGGUCGAUGGGCAGAAUCCCGUGAAAUAAGUAGUUUCAAUAUUCUUCGUCAUCGUGUUAUCCAUCUUCAAGAUAUGUUUGAGCGAAGUCGUACCCGUGAGCAAACCAGCCGAGGUCCUAGAAGAUUAUCCUUAAUUUACUCAAGUGAUCUAUUUAAUAACACUAACAGUAGCACUGCUACCAAUUCAAUCAAUGUCACUAACAAUAGCAACACUGAAAGAACUCCUCCUCGGGCUCAUGAAUCAUCAAGAAAUUCUGCUUUUCCUUUUGAUUUUACUUCUUACCUUAGGAGUUUGGAUUCUGUUCACCGGCGACCUCCAACUGCUGGUACCUGUGACCAUCGUCGUUAUAUUUAUGAUAAUGAUCUUUGGGUUCAACCAAUUACUGGGCGUUUAGCUCGAGAAUGUUCAGCAACAUUUUAUCGAAAUAAUCCAGCGGUAACUCAUCGUUUACUUCCAUUCCUUAAUCGUGAACUGGUCGCCAUUUUAAGAACUGACUCAGAUUCUAGCCACGCAGCUGAAGCUCUUUACUCUCAUUAUAAUGUCCACGCUAUUUACGUGCCCAAAUCUCACGUUAAACAGUUGAAACUUGAACAACCUCCUUUUCGUCCUUUACUAGUUUUUGGUCAACAGGAACCAGAAGCUGGUGAUUCAACCGAUGACUCUGUGAUUGAAGUUGUUGACUCUGAACAAGAACAAAGUUCCAGAAGAGAUAAAAAUAGAAUGCAAUAUUUAGCAUCAUCAUCAUCAUCAUCGUCAUCAUCAAUAACAGUCGCAACCAAUACCAAUACAGCAAAUCCAUCAGUAACUCAAGCAACUAGUGAAACAACCAAUCCAGGCUACGAUGAAAAAGAGACCCGUAAAGCCAAUAAACAAGUUCAAAAAGUUUCAAAAGAAAUGGUCUCUCAUGCGAAUCAGGAGACACCAUUAACCUCAAAUUUAUCUCAAAACAUUAAUGUGAUUGAAGAUUUUGACAAUCCUCGACCAGGUCCAAGUGGUUUAUGUAGAAAUAAUGAUUUUAAAACUUCUAAUCCAAAGUUAAAGGUAGACGAUGAUGGAUCUGAUACCGAGAUUGAUGUAGGUACCAAUGAGAAACCUUUGGGUAAACAAAGGUACGAUAGUGAUUCAUGUGAUUCAGAUGAUUCGAUAAAAGUAGUUGGUUUUAAGAAGCCAAUUCGUGAAAGGACACCAGAGAUUAUCAAUAUAUCAAGUUGCGACAGUGAAGGAUCAGAAAAUGAGAAAGAAAAAGCUAAUAAAAAGAAGCAAAAGAAAAGACGACGAACCAAAUCAAGUCAUUCGAAAAGGCGAAAAGAUUCAAGUUGCUCUUCUCGUCCAGUCGAUAUUGAAGGUAACACAACGGUAACUGAUUCGUCAAGUAGCAGUAGCGAAGAUGAAUCACCCGAAUUUGGUCGAAGGGGACACGAAUCAUAUAAAUUUCUCCGACGAAUACCAAGUGUAAUUGUUAGACCUCCAACACUAAAACACAUCAAUAGUGCUAAUCAAUUACGUUUCGCUCAAACCAAUAAUCCAAAUUGUUUCCAUAGGAAAUUUGAUGAAUCUUCUGAUCCCGAAUCAAAUGACGAUGAUGCUAAUAACGAAGGAUUUAAAGAUUUACUAAAGGCCUUUGUUUGA